ACAGGAAACGUAGAGGGCGGAAUAAGUAUGGCGACGAGCAUGUUGAGAAAUAUGAGCAUUUCUAUUCAGAAAUUUCUGAAUAGAUGCAAUACCGGUGUAGCAGAGCUUCUGAGGGAAAACGGGUUGAUUUUAGAGCCAGCCCUCACAAUUCCAGCCUUGAGAGGUACAGAGUCCCAGAAUGAAAGAAGAGACCUGAGAAAUAGCCCUAACUCAAUAAAAGAGAUGUUCGAUGGCUUCCUUUGGGCCGUUCCAAAACACAGACGCAGCAUUGAACGCAACAGAGGUAGAAGGAGAGCGACAGAUAAAAGAGUUUCAUACAAUGAGUCACUGGUGCCUUGUGAGACGUGUGGCAAUCUCAGACAAUUUGGGUACCUUUGUGGGCAUUGUCUGGUGAAGAUCAGAGAGGAGACAAAACAGAUUCAAGAGGAAAUGUUUGGAGAACUAGACAAAGAGGGAGUGCUCCCAGACAAGGAAAAUGUAGUCUUGUACAAAGGAGAGACUCUUAGUGAGGCUGAUAGAAGGGACAAACACCCAGUAGAAAUCAAGAAAAAGAGACCAGCAUGGUUUAGCAAAGACCUUGUGCAAGAUUGGAGGAAAUGGUAGCCUCAGCUCAUUAACCAUUUAUGCCAUACAUAAUGAUGGUCUGUGGGAUUCGUGCAUUCUGUGCAAAAUUGCAUCAAUGGCACAGGAGGAGUUCAUCAAUCAAAGUCGGCUAGAAUCUUCCAGGAUGCUGGCGGUAGAUGUAUCUAUGGUAAUGGGAUGUAUGUAAACAAUAAUUGUAUCUUUGGCAACAUGAUUUUCUUUGAUAACAGCAAGUCGAUAUACAUUUUUAAAUGUGCAUCCAUCAAUCAAAAUGAAAUGCUAAUGCCAUAGAGUUUAGUCAUCCCUUUCACAGGGACUACACUACUACUGUGAUGUAUCAUGUCCACAAUUUCCUGUAAGGCAGCUGUAUGUAUUGUCUUGUCCAAGGACCCAAAUACUGGGCUGAGAAUCAAGAUCAUGAUCUAGAUUAUGGCGGUACGACCAUUGUGCUAAUUCUACACAUAAGUUUCAGACCGUUACAUUAUUGGUGAAUUUAAGGGGGGAGGGGCAUAACCUUUUAAUAUCUAAUUUGGUAUACAUGUAACAUAAUUAAAACAAAUAUAUACACAAAAUUAAAAAAUGCCUCGUUGUGUGCACCUUACAAUUUUUUGCCUACUUGCUUGACAGAUUUAUCAAAAUCCUGCACCCCCCUAUUUUUUUUCUAAUUAAAAUCCCGAGAUACACAUGUCCUUUGUUAUAUAAUUAUCUGCCAUCACCAAUAAGCUGUCUGCUCCAAGAUCCAUCAAAUUCUCUCCUUCCCCAUAAUGUUGUUUUCACAUUGCAUUUCAAUAAUGUGUUUCAAAUGUAAACUGUUCUGUUACUGUUCAUACAAAAUGAUCUCAUGCAAAGAACGAAAGAUAAUGGACAAGCAGUUGAUUAGUUAUGAUGAUACACUUCCAAUUUGCCACAAGUACAUUAUUUUGGUAUUAAAAUUAUUUGACCAUUUGUAAGAGAAA